CUAUGAUAGCCGUAGCUCGUUUAUCCAGCUAACGCAAUCCUCUCCCUCUCUCUCGCCUCUCACUCUCCCUGCGGCCACCUUCUCCUCUUAUGGUACUAAUCCCAUCCAACCCUCUGUAACAGCACUAGUCACACUCUAAAAGGAUGGCAACAACCUCAGCCAUCUUCCCUGUAUCCGCUAGAACACGCUCUCGCCACCUCGCCAAACACAAUACCACCUGCUCCCAUUGCAGAGCGAUAUUUUCCAGUUCGAUGCCUACCCAAUUGCCAAGAGUCUCUAAACAGUCUCUCUCCUCAAGCAGAAGGGGGCUGUUCCUCGAGAUGGGUAUCGGUCUACUCGCGCCUUUGCUGGCGGUAGAUGGCGCCGGAGCCACUAGAAUUGAAUACUACGCGACAGUCGGCGAGCCUCUCUGCGACUUGAAUUUCGUCCGAUCAGGGCUUGGCUACUGCGACAUUUCCGUCGGCACAGGCGUCGAAGCGCCUCAAGGCGAGCUCAUUAAUAUUCACUACACUGCAAGAUUUGAAGAUGGCACAGUCUUUGACAGCAGCUACAAACGUGCAAGGCCACUCACUAUGCGCAUAGGAGUUGGAAAGGUUAUUCCUGGAUUAGAUCAGGGGAUUUUAGGUGGUGCUGGUGUACCGCCAAUGCACGUUGGUGGGAAACGUAAACUUUUUAUUCCUCCACAGUUAGCAUAUGGGCCUGAACCUGCGGGAUGCUUUUCAGGUGAUUGCAAUAUACCUGCCAAUGCGACUCUUCUCUAUGAUGUUCAUUUUGUUAGUGUUUACAAGUAGGCUCCGGAAUUUGAAAUGGUUCAAGCUCUGCAACAAAAUGAGGCAGAGAGAGAGAAAGAGAGAGAGAUUGAUUUAUGUAGAUAAAAUGAAAGAUUGUUGUUUGUCAGUUUCCCCAUAUCUUGAUGCACAUGAUUUUUGAGGCUGAAUCAUCGUAGUAUCUAGAUGUGAAUGAUAUGAAAAAUCCAGAUAGAUGUGCAUUGGAGUGUACUAAUGUUCAGAGAAAAAUUGAAAAACUAAUUGUUGCUGGA